AUGUCCGGCGGUAGUGAAGCUCCUGCGACUCCGUGGGCGGCCCCCGCGGCCACGUCCAUCUUCCCGCCUCGUUCUCAGCCUCUUCGUUGGCGACUCUGCGUCGUCUGCAGUGCUUUGGGCGUGGUCGUCAUUGGCAUCGGCGCAUCGCUGGCCUUGCAGAGAAUAGUGAGCGGCCCUGGAGCUGGAUCUCGUGGCUUGCUUGAAUCCGGCCGGCGAAGCCGUGGGUCCACGUCGUCACCGUCGAUGCCUGGUCGGCGAGACUCGGCACCGAGUUGCGUAGGCGAAAGCUGUCGUCUUCUUUCAAGGUACAUUUCGGAGUCCCUCCAAGACGGCGACCCCUGCGACAACUUCUAUGAGUACGUCUGCGCAAAUUGGAGCGCCACCUACCAAUUACAAGGCGAGGCCAUGUACUCCGAGGCUGUCAUGAGCACGCGUGAAUUGGAAGACAAGCUGACAGCCAUGCUCGCGGUCGGCAUUGAAGACACGGGAAGCCGCGCCAUGUUCGACCUGUACAAUGCCUGCCUGAACAUGUCGACCUCUGGUUCAGAAAAGCUCGUCUUCCAAGAGAUCCUCGACAGCGUCGGCCUUAGCGGAUUUCCGUACGCCUGGAGCCUCGCCAGUUCAGCCGCUGUGGCCGGCAGGCUCCUGCGAAUCACCGGUGUCGCACCGUUCGUGCACGUAAGCCUGACGGACAGCGGGAUCAUGCUGCACGGUGCACGAACACUCUUCCCGGACUUCGUUUACGUGGCCAACGCGCACCGUGGUUGGUACAUCGACGCGGCUCGCCGUAUUGCUCACAUGCCCAUGCCGGAGCUCUUCGAUUUCGAGCAGGAACUCGUGGCGCUUCUCAGCGCGCCCCUUGAAGAGUUCGUGACGGUGUCCGUCAAAGAGCUCGAGUCGACUGCGGAGUGGAACUGGGCAGAGUUCUUGACGAACGCCAUGUUCGGCAUCCGUACAAUUGCAACCACUACCAAAGUGACCUACGAGCCCAAGCGACUCGGGGUUGGCUUGCUCGGGCUCGUGUCUUCUACGAAACCAGCGCUAGUGCUGAACUAUCUCGGGUUUCGACUAGCGCUCGCGUACGCGCCGAUGCUGCCGGGCAAGCGGUUUCGCAAGCUGAACGACGUAGCAGUUGCGCACACUGUCGGCUGGGAGGACGGCUGGGGCGAGCGUCGCAGCCACGUCUGCACUGUAAUAGCGGCGCGAGCCGAACCGGGACUCGCGGCUUACCUGCUGGCCGUCCAGUCGAAGCACGACGAGAACGAGCCAGUGUUGAAGAGCAUGGCGGAGCACGCCAAGAGGGACGUCCUCGAAUUCCUGGGCGAGAUGUCCUGGGUGACGGAGUCAUUCCUGGCCAAGCUAGAACACCGCCUCAAAACGCUCAAGACGGCCUUCUUCGCGCCGGCCGAAUGGAGGAAGUUCGCGUUCCGCACGUCUCAGUGCCGACCGUUCAACUGCGCUUCGGCUAACCUUAGAGCGGUUGACCUGUUCCGGAAAAUGGUGGUACAGCGGCAGCGCCGUCGCCUGGCGGCCAGUCGGCGGCCGUUCCCAGACUACCCGCUGGACUUGUUCGAAACCGACAGUCGCGUGCUCGGUGACGGCACGCUGUUCGUGCCUCUGGGCGCCGUGCGAGGCGCGUAUCAUCAGGACGCUUUUUGGGAGUACCAUCUCCCGCGCGUGCUCCUCCAGAUGAGCUCCGCUCUGAUGGACGUAUUCAGGGACGUGUCGUUUGAGCUGCGCUCCAACUACACGGACUUGCAUAACCGCUUCGCAGUGGCCGAAUCGUGCUUGCGCGAGGACCGGCUGUCCAUGAGCGAGGCGACGUCGGUGCCCUUCUCGUCCAAUGGUACGGCUCGCGAGGACGUGCGCGAUCUGCUGGCUGUGGCGGCGGCCUUUCGAGCGUACAGCCGGCUUAUCGGUGCCAGUAGAGAAGGCACGCUGCCUGGUCUGCCGUUCAGUAAUGACCAGCUGUUCUUCGUGCACUUUGCGCUGAACCGUUGUGAGAGGUACGACACCGCCUACGAAGACCAGCUGCUGCGCCAUGGGCGCCGGGCGCAUGCCAGGUACCGAGUUAACGGACCUCUACGUCACUCGAUCAGCUUUAACCGGGCGUUUCAGUGUCGGCGUGGCUCGUACAUGAACCCGCGGCGGAAGUGCGUUUUCUGA